GAUCGCAGCCCUGCUGGGUGCCCCGGCGGUUCCCACCCGGGAAUCCGGGAAGCCCCGGCAUCGGAGUGGAGUCCAGGGCUCCGGGAAGGUGGGAGCUUGCCCGCCUCCCGCUGCCGCGCUGCGGUCCUACGCGCAGGUCGCCGCUGCAGCUGGCAAGGCUGGAAAGCACCUUGCGCAAGGGUCUCACCGGGCGCGCCUCGCGACUCCUCCCCCUUCCUCCUCCUUCCUGGAUCCCUAGCGCGCGAGCGGCGCGGGUCCCGGCAGUGCGCGGGGAGGCAGCCACCCGCUGUCACCGUGCCUCCCGCCGCGCGCGCCACCCGCAUGGCUGCACUCUCCCUGGCCAGACCUGACUCUCUGGAGAGCCCGAGAGUGAUGGAGUACAUGAGCACCGGAAGUGACAAUAACGAUGAAAUCGACCUAUUAAUGAAGCAUUUGAACGUGUCUGAUGUAAUAGACAUUAUGGAAAAUAUUUACGCGAGCGAAGAGCCAGCGGUUUACGAACCCAGCCUGAUGACCAUGUGUCAGGACAGUAAUCAGAACGAGGAGCGGUCCGAGUCUCUGCUGCUCAGUGGCCAGGAGGUGCCGUGGUUGUCGUCGGUCAGAUAUGGAACCGUGGAGGAUUUGCUUGCUUUUGCGAACCACAUAUCCAACACCGCAAAGCGUCUAUAUGGACACCGACCACAAGAAUCGGGAAUUUUAUUAAAUAUGGUGAUCACUCCCCAAGGACGUUAUCAGAUAGACUCUGAUGUCCUGCUCAUCCCUUGGAAGCUGACGUACAGGAACAUUGGCUCCGAUUUCAUUCCUCGGGGGGCCUUUGGAAAAGUGUACUUAGCCCAGGACAUAAAGACGAAGAAAAGAAUGGCGUGUAAAUUGAUCCCAGUAGACCAGUUUAAGCCAUCUGACGUGGAAAUCCAGGCUUGCUUCCGGCACGAGAACAUCGCUGAGUUGUAUGGCGCGGUUCUGUGGGGCGAAACCGUCCAUCUCUUCAUGGAAGCAGGCGAGGGAGGGUCUGUUCUGGAGAAACUGGAGAGCUGUGGACCAAUGAGAGAAUUUGAAAUUAUCUGGGUGACAAAGCAUGUUCUCAAGGGACUUGAUUUUCUACACUCGAAGAAAGUGAUUCACCAUGAUAUUAAACCUAGCAACAUUGUUUUCAUGUCCACAAAAGCUGUUUUGGUGGAUUUUGGUCUCAGUGUUCAAAUGACUGAAGAGAUCUAUUUUCCUAAGGACCUCCGAGGAACAGAGAUUUACAUGAGCCCAGAGGUGAUCCUCUGCAGAGGUCAUUCAACCAAAGCGGACAUCUACAGCCUGGGAGCCACGCUCAUCCACAUGCAGACGGGCACCCCGCCCUGGGUGAAGCGCUACCCGCGCUCCGCCUACCCCUCCUACCUGUACAUAAUCCACAAGCAAGCACCCCCUCUGGAAGAUAUCUCUGAAGACUGCAGCCCCGCCAUGAGAGAGCUGAUGGAGGCCGCCCUGGAGAGGAACCCCCACCACCGCCCCGGGGCGGCCGCCCUCCUGAAGCACGAGGCCCUGAACCCCCCCAGGGAGGACCAGCCCCGCUGUCAGAGCCUGGACUCUGCCCUCUUUGAGCGGAAAAGGCUGCUGAGCCGGAAGGAGCUGGAGCUUCCGGAGAACAUCGCGGAUUCUUCAUGCACAGGAAGCACUGAGGAGUCAGAGGUGCUAAAGAGACAGCGUUCUCUCUACAUAGACCUGGGGGCCCUGGCUGGCUAUUUCAACCUCGUCCGGGGUCCACCGACCCUGGAAUACGGCUGACUGAUGGCGUCCUUUGCCCUCCGUUAUGACUCAGCGUUUCUCUCUCUCUGGGAAGCUGGUUCUGCUGACUCUGCACCGGGGCUCUGCCGAGGGAAUCGUGCAUUCCUUAGCCGGGCUCCCGUGGACUCACGGUUGUGACUCCACGUGGCUCCGGCGUGCUCUGGUUGGUGAAGCUGCCCUGGGACCCACCAGGCUGGAAGGGACUCACCUCUCAGGUGGUACGUCUGACGCACAGGAUGCUGGGACUAACACGGAAGGAUGGCUUCUGGUGACUGAUUUCAUUCACUGUGCACUUUGCUCGAAAUUUUUAAAAGAUGCCAAUCACAAGGAUAAUAUAUUAGCCUGAAAUGACUAUUCUUGGGUUCUAACUUAAAUCUGGGAACUUCGUGUAACUCAAAACAGUUGUGUGUAUAUUGGUGUACAUUAUAUGAUAACCCUCUGAGCCUUUGUCAGUAAAUUCCAAUAUAUAUUAAAAUCUAUAUUUUGGGUGAAGAGAACAACUUGAAUAUUGUAGCAAUAAGCUGAACUAGUGUCUUAAAAAUGGCCAACUGGUUAACGGGGGGCCAUCUGACAACAGGCCACGAGUCACGGGUUCUGUUAUGUUCCUAUGGAAACAUUUUGUAUUGUACAUGCUAUGCUUAAAACAUUUAAAACAUGAUGUUUUGAAUGUGGAUAAAACUGUGUUAAACCACAUAAUUUCUGUACAUCCCAAAGGAUGAGAUUGUGACCUUUAAGAAAAAUAGAAACGUUUAUAAAUUAUUAAUGAUGCUACUUUUAUAAUUAAGGCUCUUUUCUUUAAAGCAUUUGUAUAUGAAAAUAGCAUACUGUGUAUGUUUUCUAUCAAAUGCCUUCAUGAAUCUUUCACAUCUGUAUGUACGUAGUUUUAACACUGUAAAGUAUGUGAGCAUUCCUACUUAAAGUAAGUUUUUACAUCAUGCAAAUGAAAACAACACUUUUAUCCGACGUGCCUGGUCAAAUCAACUGAAUAAAUAUAGUAUUUUGCCUUAA